UAUAUAGGCGUAGAGAACUACUGUUGUCGUACAUUGUCUUAGCAGUGUGAACGACACACGUACACCUGUCAACAUUAACUAUCUCUGCUUCGCUUCAUUAAAUAUUUAUAUCUUUCUGUAAAACGGACAGGUAUAUGUUUAUAUAAAUGUUCGUGUUGAAUAUCCAACAUUGAGUUUAUUAUAAAGUAUAUAUACUUUGUCUGAAGAAGCCGAAUUUUCUUCAUAUAUACGACUGACAAUGUAUUUCUUCCACACAUAUCUGUGGACAGUGAUGUCAGUUCGGUUUGGGAUUUUUGUAAUACUGAUACCAUUGUCAGACGCGCUGCCGCUGUACGACACUCGUCACAACUUGACAGGAGAAGAGUACGACCCGGAGGAUGCCAUGUAUGUUGCGCAUGGUGACGUACGGGCAAGGUUGAGGUCAAGUCUAGAAAACCGAGGUUUCGAGACACAGCCAUUAUCAAUAAAGGAUGGACAAUCUUUGACAGACAAGAUGAGGGUAAUGCGAGCUUUGGCAGGGAUUGAGAGACGAAUGGAGGAAUUACACGGAUUUAAAAAGCCCGAGCAGAGGAACUUCAUGAGUACGGUUAACUAUGUGUACGAAAUGGACAUAAUACUGACACCACAACAAGCCGAGACCAUUUACGAACAUGGUAAAAUUCGUCAAAAACGGAAGAUGUCUGCGAGUGUAACAAGUCUCUGGAACAUGCCGAUUUACUACUACUACGGCGGGACGCACACGCCUCAAAUGGAACAGCUGGUCGAGAGUGUAAUAAAAGAGUGGGAAGAUUUGACUUGUCUAAACUUUAGCAGGUCAUCCGGGCCGGUCACGUGGGAACAGGGUAACAGGAACAACGUCACAAUCGAAUUCACACCCAACGGAUGCUGGUCUUAUGUCGGCAAGAAAGAAAAUGCAAACAACAUACAAAAAGUAUCGGUGGAUGGUUGCGUUUACAAAGGAAGAAUUGCACACGAACUAGGUCAUGUGAUAGGGUUUUGGCACGAGCAGGCACGACCAGACAGAAACGACCAUGUGAUUAUUGAGGCACCAAAUAUCAUGGAUAACAAGCACGGGGACUUUGUUCAGUUGUCAUGGCAAGACAUAAUGGCCAUGGGAGUUCCUUAUGACGUAGGCUCAGUGAUGCAUUAUGGAUCCACGGCGUUCUCCAAGGCUGGCAAUCCAACAGUAGUUUCUCGAAUACCUAACUUACAACGCGCACUAGGUCAACGGCACGGACUUUCCUUCUAUGACGUAAAGCUGGCAAAUUCUGUCUACUGUUCGGGUAUUUGUCAUGGUGUUCAAUUGGCCCAACCCUGUAAACAUGGUGGCUACCAGGACCCUACACAGUGUACUGCUUGUCGGUGUCCAGAAGGUUUAUCCGGGGACUUUUGUGAGACCACAGCGCCCCCUGUCGGACUAUCGUGUGGCGGCGAUAUAAACGUUACAUCAACGCCAACGUCAAUUGGACACUUGCAAUCUUUCCAAAAGGGUCACAAGUGCAACUGGUUUAUCAGGGCUCCUCAUGGGAUGAAUGUUCACCUUGACCUUGUUGGAGACUUCAUCAACUUUGACACGUGCUACAAGGAUCACUUUGUUACUUGUGAUAGCUUUUUGGAAGUACGCUAUUCCGCAGAUCUCGCUAAUACUGGCGCAAGAUAUUGUUGUUCGUUAAAAGAAGGCGUCGGUGCUCUGAUUUCCGAGAGCAAUGAAAUGGUGGUUCUUCUACGAGGUCACAAUAAUGGGUCGAUAGGAUUCAAAGCAAACGUUUGGGCUGAGUCAUGUGGAGGUUGUUCCUUGAUAAACACCACAUUGUCAAUGACCACAAGGGUUCGCCCCUGUUUCCAGACUGUUUUCAAAACAUGCAGGAAAACGUGGAAGAAGAAGGAAUGGGUUCCGUGUAAAAAAGUAUGGUUUUCUUCUCGUGUCAGCAACAACUGUAACAAGUACAGGAUGGUAGAUAUGUCACGCGAUGAGACAUGUACUGUAGUUGUUCCAACAUGCUGUAGUAAUUUCCAUCUGGACGGCAACUUUUGUGUCGCAUCGUCUGGUGCCAAGGACGACGACGCAGUGUCUCCAGAUAUUCCUUCAGCACCCGGGCCGAGUAAUGAUGACAAUGCAACUCAGCAAGGCUCGAGUGACGUCAUUGGAUGGUCCACGUGGUCUGCAUGCUCUAAAGCAUGCGGCGGAUGUGGAAACAAAACAAGACACAGAGCGUGUAGUAAUCCAGACUCGUGUGGUGGUGAUGAUAAUGAAGAGAUCGAAGGAUGUUCAUUUGCACCAUGUGAGACGCCAAUCAUGACCACCUGUACGAGAACAGUGGCAACAAAAGAGUUUUGUCCGCCCUGGUCAGAUAAUACUUGUACAAAAUACCGGACGGAGACUUACACCUGCCCUGACCCAGAUAUGAUGUGCUGUAAAGGAUACGUGCUUCAAGGAGGGCUUUGUGUAGCGGUCAAUACCUGAUGACGAAACAGAUAUGUUCCUUGUUAAGCACAACAUUUAGCUGUUCAACAAAUGUCACCUGCUUAGAAAGUCCCAGUCAAUAACGAAGGAAUAGCAUUUUGGCGAACAUGAGUUGAUAUACUCGAUCAAGAUGAAAAAUGCCAGAUCUACUUCAUUUACUCAUUGAAUGGAAAUUUCAAAAAAUGUAUAAUAUUGCAGAUGUAAAAAGAUGUAAGCUAGACCGAAAAUCCUAUAUAAAUCAUAUACGUAUAGCUUCAAAAUGCUAAAAAAAUCCAUAACAUUUGAGUAACGCUUAGAUCAUAUAAUAUUUUGAUUUGAAGAAUAAGCAAGGACGCUCCUCCUUUAUAAACAGUAAGCUUUCAGUGAUUCAAUUGAAUAUCCAAUAGUAUUAUAACUGGCUUAUGUCAACGUUUUUUUCUAGCUACAAUGUUGAUUGAAUGAUAUUUAUUUGUAUUUGUGUGUAUAUGCGUGCUAUCAGUGUAUACAUACUGAAUGGAAUGUGAGAGGUAUAAUGUAAGAGGAUAAUGUUCAAAAGGUGCUAUUGUAUUAUUUGUUGAGUUUGUUGUUGACAUAGUUUCGUAUGAACAAUAAUUACCAUCUAAAUAUGUUCAUACAUGUAUACAGUUUCGUUCAAAACUAAAAAAAAAAGGGCAAAAUUGCUAACGAAAACAUGGUUUCCAAAUAAAGACACGUUCGUGCAAACUGAUAUUUUUGGAAAUUGAUGAAUUCGGUUAUUGGAGGAAGCUUUGGUUUUUAAAUCCGCCAAGAAAAAAUAAUUCGAAAAAAAGAUACACUGAAAAAACAAAAUAUUUUGAAUGUUAUUAACGAUCUGCUUUUCUGAAUUUAAAAUCACGUUCAAAUCUCGUGAAACAGGAUUUUAUUUAAUGUAACAAAUUAUGAUCAAAAGCUAAUGGUAACUUAAACUGCUUUCCUUAGAUCAAAAUAUAAUUUAAAGUUUGAUUUGAUUAAAACGAACCCACAAUUUUUGUCAAUUUAACAAAUAUGGUUGAAUUGUGUUCUCCU